CAGUCCUGAAUUUUCCCGCCAUUUUUGCUCAUCCAAUGGCUGAAAAUAGUUUGUUACACAUGGCAGCAGCUCAUGAAAUCUCUAUUUAUAAACAUAUACAAUCAGUUCUGGACAAAAGAAAAGUAUUCCCACAUCAAGAAUUUCAGUACAUGGUAUCUCCAAAGAGUCAGUCCAAGCCAAUUAGUUCACUAAUGUAAUGACAAAUGAACAUACAGUGCAAUGGACGUCCGGCCAGAUUGAAACUGGGAGAUAAUGCCCUCUUCCACACAAAGCCUCCUCCACAGAAUAACAUUUCAGUAUUAUUUUUUAAAUCUUCCUUGAAUCUUCCACGCCAUCCCCAUAAAAUGGCCCAGAUUUGGACACCAAAAAAACCACAUUGAAAUACAAUUUAUACAAAAAGUCAAAAACUAUAAAUUGUAAAAUUGUUUAUUUUGAAGCUCGGAAUAGUUUCCCAUUGCUACAGAAAACGAUAAGAUCGCCAUGGCUGCAACCGUGGUGACAAAUUUACGGCUUGCCUCGCCAAGAUACGAAUCGUUUAAUCAAAUAAAGUUGAUUGCAGCCAUAACUUUAUAAUACUCCCUAUGUCCCAGUGUAGUGUAUUUGUCUGAGUCAAAUUGGACAAACUUUGAGCUUCAAUUAAAUAAAAAACAUAAUGUAUUUUAACAUAAAGAUAACUUUAUUGGAUUUAUCGUGUUGAGAACUUUCAAAAUUGUAUUUCAUUAUUCUAAUAUGCAAUAUAAAUUAAGAGUAAUUGGAGUUCAAAAUUUGUCCAUUUUGACUCAAAAAAGUCAAACUGGACAAAUACACUGGAACGGAGGUAGUAUAAAGUUAGCAUCUCAAUAUAAUAAAUCCUAGCAAAGUACUUCACAUAUGUAUUCAAAUGAACUGCCACUGCCCAUUAUCAGAACAUCACACCAUAAUGAAAUUGGCACAAAUUGGUCUCCUAAAAAUGUUUAGGGUAAUGUUUACAAAUAGCUGGAAAAAUGUUUAAAGUAAACCCCCUAAAAAUGUUUAUACUAAUGUUUACAAAUAGCUGGAAAAGAUGUUUAAACCCCCUGCCAUUUCAGUGUAUACAAACACCAUAACUUAUAAAUAAGUUUAUAAUAUGUUUUCAAAAAGUGGAAACUUUCUUUAGGCUCGGAAAUUUUUUUCCUUUGCUACACAAAGAGAUGUGAUUGCCAUGGCUGCAACCACGGAGUCAAAUCUCCGGGUUGCCUCGCCAAGAUACGAAUCAUUUCAUCAAAUCUUUGGGAUCAACAUUGAAAAAAUACACCGCAAUUUCGUCACAGCCUCUUUAAUCUCACUGAAUCAGCUAAUUAGAGCUAUUUGUAUUUUCCAGAAAUCUGCCCAUCUCUACAUGGGCUAUAAAGAGGCAAAGUAUUUAAAAUAUUUAUAUACUAUCACAACAAAAAAGAUAUUAAAACACCAUGGCUGCUUCUCGAUGCCUACGAAGCCUCGCCAAGAUACGCCUUAUUCCCUUAAUUUUAAUAAGCAGAAUUUGACAAAACAUAUACAAAAGAUCAUCAGAGCCUCUUAUUUAUUAAAACCAUUCUAGCCUCAGCGAUAGAAAUAUACCGUGACUGCAAAGAUUGAAUGAAACCACUUAAUUACAUAACCUACCAGUAGCAUGGUCCCUCUAAUACAUUACAAAUAUUCAUUACAAGUGAUACAUACCAAAACAGUCAGAUCCUACCUGACCACCAGACAUAUAUUAUAACAUUCAACUCAUAGUACUUAAAAAACAUCUCUUCAUUGAAAUUGGUGACUUUCAAUUGUAACCCAAUAUAUUCCUAUGGUGUAUAAAUACCCUUCCCCACUUACACACUACACACCCUUCCCCUAUUACACACUACACACCCUUCCACCUUUACUUUAUUACCCUAAAUUCCUUUGCACCACUGUUUUUUUUACAAUUAGCCUUAUAAUUUCCAAAAAAUGCCUGCCCUUUGGACAAGGUUGAUGGAACUAAAACCAUCUACUUUUCGUGCCAAUCUAAAAUUAAGAUUAAUUCGUUCCUAUGAUCUCAUGUUGGAGAAAUUUAUGCUCGGGAGUGUAUUUUCCACGACAAUGAGGAGAACCACAUCCUUGCAAUCUAUCAAAAGGAGGAAAUACCAGUGUUUGGAGCAACACUAAAAGAAGGGAAGUUAUAUCGAAUAAGUAAUCCUGCAGUUCUAUCAAAUAACAAGCCUAACAUUGUUUCAAAUAAAUUUAAGCUUUCACAAAUCAGUGGUUUAAUAUAUCAAUCGAGAGAUCUAAGGCAUAGAAUAAGAAGGGAUUUUUUUUAAAAAAAUCUGCUACUCAGUGGGUUUAAAAAUAGAACAAUUAAAAUCCUUUGAUCUACCAUCACAUAUAGGUAUACAAUGAGUUAUCAAGAAUAUCGAAUUGAAGGAUCUAAUAAGCGUCAUAUUUUAAAACCAAAGCAAGAACACAAUGAGAAAGUAAAGAAGAUGCACCAUAAAACAUGCAUCUGGAUGUUCAACGGUGCGUGGAGUUAAGGUCCAGGAAAACGAAGACGACGGCGGCAGCGAGGACUGGAGAAGUGAUUGGAUUUAUUGAAAUAAUGAAAUGGAAGAGGAACGGAUGGGAGAUGUAAUUGAGAUGAGGAGGAGCGGCGGGCAAUCGGUAAAUGAGAUGAGACAGACCCAGGUGGAUGUUUUGG